AUGGCCAAGCGAAACGUGGUUUCGCCUACUUUGAGGACUGGCGUUGGUGGCACCAUGGCAUCAACGACACCCGUCACAUCUCCUACAUCACCCUCCAAUGCUUCUAAACAGGCCUAUUUCGGCAGCGUCCUUUCUUCUUCCAAAAGCCACUACACGAACAUCAAGUCUGCGUCCGCACCGCCAACCCGCAACACCAGUCUCUCCUCAAGCUUCGCCGCACCAACCGCCGCAUCCCGCUCUAGAACCAUGACAUCGGGCCACGCACGCAACCUUAGCGCAAGCUCCAUUCGCGCGCGGAUCGACUUCAUAAAAGGGAAGGGCAAGUCGCGAAAGGAAAGCAUCGGACGUCCAAACCCGUUAGCGAGUCCCUUCGAUCCCGAGCACACGACGCCGAGUAAGAACACCGGAAAAUCCGUUUAA